UUUUGUUGUUGUGUAUCUUGCUUUUGACAUUUUGUGUCUCGGUUUUGUCGCUUCCUGUCUCAGUUUUGUCAUUUUCUUUCUUGCUUUUGACAUUUUGUGUCUCGUUUUUGUCAUUUUGUGUCUAGUUUUUGUCGUUGUCUCUGUUUUGUCAUUUUCUUUCUCGGUGUUGUUUUGUUUCUCGAUUUUGACAUUUUGUUUCACGUUUUUGUUGUUUCCUGUCUCACUUUUGUCUUUUUGUCUCAGUUUUGUCGUUUCCUGUCUCGGGUUUUGACAUUUUCAUUCUUGUUUUUGUCGUUUUGUCUCAAUUUUGUUGUUUUGUGUCAUGUUUUUGUCAUUUUGUGUUUCAGUUUUGUUGUUGUGUAUCUUGCUUUUGACAUUUUGUGUCUCGUUUUUGUCAUUUUGUGUCUAGUUUCUGUCGUUGUGUGUCUCAGUUUUGUCAUUUUCUUUCUCUGUGUUGUUUUGUUUCUCAGUUUUGACGUUUUGUGUCACGUUUUUGUUGUUUUUGUUUUCGUUUUUGUCUUCGUUUUUGUCGUUUUGUAUCUCGGUUUUGUCGUUUUGUGUGUAACUUUUCUUGUUUUUCGUCUGGUUCUGCAUUAUUUUGGUCUUUGUGUCUCACUGAGGUCGCUUUGUCUCCUCACAGUAAAAUUUUCCUGAUGGAACUGCAUGCUGCAAACGAUGCGUUCAAGGACUGUCAGAAAGUUAAAAACAAGGAUUUUCUUGUGUUGCACAGUGUCAGGAUGAUAAAUAGUGAAUAGUUUUUUAGGUUCAGUGGUUUAAAAACAAACAGAGCUGUAGUUUAGUGCUGGUUAUCUUUACAAACGGUUAAAACACAUCAGCAGCCACCAGUGUUCCCAGUCCAGCCAGUGACAGGCUGAUAGGAGGACUGGUCGGUGUUACCCGCCUUCAUGAACUCAUUCUGCGGCUCUACGUCUGUCUGUUGGCUUUCCUGGCAGCACGUGUAACCGCAGAGGAAAGUGUUCAUCCGUAGCGUACUCACUCUGCUGUACAUCACUAAACAAAUAUAAACUCAGUCUGAUCUUCCUCCUCCUCAUCCCGCUCUCUGACUGCUGCCUUUCCUGGAAAAACCCGUCGCUUUUUAUUUCCUCCUGAACUUCCUCGUCUGCAUGUCUGCUGUGAUUCCUCCUGAUGCAUGUGGAUGUUUCUGUCCUCUCUCUCCUCCUUCUUCUUUCCUCAGCAUGGACGCUCUGAGUUUUCAUGGGAAGGAAUCAAUGUAAGUGUGGUGGCGUCAUUCCUUCCUACGUUUUCUUCCUCUAAACCAGGGGUGUCAAACAUGAGGCCCGUGGUCCAAAAGUGGCCCCCCAGAGCGUCCAAUCCGGCCCUCAAAGUGUAGAAAUUCCAGAGAAGACAUUAACUGCAGAUUGUAAAUUAGUAAAACUAUAAAUUUAGAAGCAUUUCUAGAUCAUGACAAGUUGUUUGGAUCAGAAAGUAAAAUACUAGAUUGUUCUUUUGUUUUGUUGUGUCUCAUUAUUGGAAUAUUCUGUUUUGUCUUGGCUUUUUUGUCGUUUGUAACUUUUUUGUCAGGUUUAUUGUUUUUGUUUUGUCUCAUGUCAUUUAUCUCAUUUUGUUUCUUGCUUUUGUCGUUGUGUGUGUGUCACAUUUGUAAUUUCUGUCUCGCUUUUGUCAUUUCUUGUCUGGUUUUGUCAUUUGGUGUCUCAUUUUUGUCAUUUUGUGUCUCGUUUUGAGGCUUGUUUUUGUUGUUUUGUUUCUCGCUUUGGUCAUUCCUUGUCUCGUUUUGUCAUUUUGCGUCUCAUUUUUGUCAUUUCGCGUCUCGUUUUGAGGUUUUGUGGCUUGUUUUUGUUGCUUUGUGUCUUGUUUUUGUUGUUUUGUGUCUCAUUUUGAGGUUUUGUGGCUUGUUUUUGUUGUUUUGUGUCUCACUUUUGUCAUUUCCUGUCUCGUUUUGUCAUUUUGCGUCUCAUUUUUGUCAUUUCCUGUCUCGUUUUGAGGUUUUGUGGCUUGUUUUUGUUGUUUUGUGUCUCGCUUUGGUCAUUCCUUGUCUCGUUUUGUCAUUUUGCGUCUCAUUUUUGUCAUUUCCCGUCUCGUUUUGAGGUUUUGUGGCUUGUUUUUGUUGUUUUGUGUCUCAGUUUUGUCACUUAUUUUUGUAAUAUUUUGUUUUGUCUGUGUCGUUUGUCUCAUGUUUUUCUCAAUUUGUGAUUCUUUUUUGUCGUUUUCUAUCUUGUCUCGCUUUUUGCUGCUUUGUAACUUUUGUCAAGUUUUUGUCUUGUUUUGCUUCAUGUCUCAUUUCUUGUCAUUUUGUUUGUCACUUGUCAUUCUGUCUCAUUUUUGCAAUAGUUUGUCCUCUUUUUUGUCUGACUUUUGUCAUUUAGAUCAUAAGUUAAACACUGUAUCACCAGUUCCAGGUGACUAAAUGUUGUGUUCCUUUGUAGACACUCUGUGAUCUGGAAGUUGUAAUGUGGAAAUGAUAAACUGAGGCUGAAUGUGGAUGGAAUUUCACUGAUUAUACUAAAGAAAUUUCAGGUUCAUAAUGCUUUGUAAAAAGAUAAUUCCCUAAAUGUGAACUUUUUUGCACUAAAACAAAGGAAACAUGAGGAGUUGUGGUUAUUUAUCGGUUAUUGAGCUCUGGUUUUACUGGUCCGGUCCACUGGGCUGAUUGUGGCCCUGAACUAAACGGUUUGACACCCCUGCUCUGAUCUGUCUUCAGUUGAUCACCUCCACCUCCUUACGGUCCUCCUGCCGUUCUUACUGAGCACAGUUACGACGAUGUCCAGGUUGUUUGGUAUUAACCCUCCAUCACCUGUCCUGUCCACUCACCUGUCCCACACUCACCCGCUGGAUGUGCGUCACUCCGUCCACGCCUCCUCCAUCCCUCUGUCCUGUCCCCUGCAGCUGUCCAUGGAGGACACCACGUCCAUCCUGCCGCGGCUCAAGAGGAACUCCAACGCGUACGGCAUCGGAGCUCUGGCUAAGUCUUCUCUGUCAGGAGUAACUCGCACCAUGAAGGAGAGAGUAACCAAACCCACGGCCAUGGCUCAGGGUCGGGUCGCCCACAUGAUCGAGUGGCAGAACUGGGGCAUGCAGACGGUGGGAGCUGGAGGCCUCCCUCAGGCCCGCAUCAGCACCGAGGAGAGGGAGAAGGAGCGGCGGCUGGAGAACGACGCCUACAGCGACCUCAGCGACGGCGAGAAGGAGGCUCGCUUCGCAGCAGGCAUCCUGCAGCAGUUUGCCAUCUCCGAGGCGACGCUCCUGGCCUGGUCCUCGAUGGACGGCGAGAGUCCGCGGUCGGGAUCCAACCAGGGCAGCGUGGCUCACCUGAGCGAGGUCAACCAGGAGAGCAUCACCAGUAGAGAUCAGAUAUUGCACCACUCCUCAGCAGAGGUGUGGCCUCACACUUACGUCUCCCAGGGACACUACUGCCUCUCCUCCUCCGACGCCUGGGAGCCCAUCAGCAGCGACCCCUCCGGCGUGGCGUCGCCCCCUGCUGGCUCCUACGUGAUGGGGACGGACGGCUACGACGGCCAGGCGGCGGCCCACUUCCUGUCCCAGCAGCAGCAGCAGCAGUUCAACCUCCAGCAGCAGAGCCAGCUGCAGCAGCUGCAGCAGAUCCAGCAGAUCCAACACUACCAGCAACAGCAGCUGCUGCAGUAUCAGCAGCAACAGUCUCUGGAGCACCGGCUGCACAGCGCCAACCAAUCCCUACAAGCGACGCCCAACAGCACCAUCCACAGCCUGGUGCACCAGGUCCACCCCCCACUGGUGGACCUGUGGAACACGGGCCAGAUGGAGGCCUACCAGGCCGAGGCCGGGGGCUACAUGGGCGUGGCGGCGGUGGUGGAGCCCAGCCUCUGUGUUCCCUCUGGAGACGAGAUGGUGGGAACAGAACACUCACCGCUGCUGGAGCAACAGGAGGAGGAGGUCAAGGAAGAAGACGUGACGCUGUGCGUGGAGCCUGAGUCGGCCACGCUGACUCCGCCCACACAACAAGGCGACGCCUCCGGAGGCAGCAGUCCGGGGCAACCGCCGGCGGAGCCAAUCACGGAGCGGAAGGCCUCUGAUGUCACCUUGGGCCUCAUUCAGACACUAGAGGAGAAGGAGGACGACGGGCCGCCCGUCUCCAUGGCAACCAACUGAGUUCCCGUCUGUCGGGAGACUCUGAGUACAAACUGACCUGGAGUCAGCAGGAAUGAGCGUAAACAACACAAUAUAUGUCUAUUAAUCCAUCCGUUCAGGUAUCAGAGGAUCCUCCAGACGUGGACUCACCAGGAGAACACCUGCUGCUCUUCAGGCCUUACAUCCCAAAGGUAACAGAACACUGAUGGAGGACGGACUGAAGCUUUUCCAUCAGGAAACGAACCACGCUGACACCAGGAGGAACGGAAACAUGCAUGCUUUUUAUGGAGACAAGCGACUCCGUAAUGAAAACCUACAUAAUAAAACAUUAUAAUAAGAAUACUUUUGUAAGAAAGCAAAAAAAAAAAAGAACAAGAAUCUAUGUAUAAGUGUAAGAUAAGAUACCGGUUCUCCUGAGGGGAACUCCUCUGUUUACAGCUGUUACUCCACUCGGUAGGUAGUGUUUAAUCCGACUCAUUCCAUCAUCAUACGUUACUAAUGGCAACCCCGACAACUUCACAGAACAUGUCGGCGUUUCAGUGAAAUGCAGAAAAAUAGAUUCUUGCGUGAGGCCCGAGGCACAACCAGGUCAGAACCGCCCUGCUGACUGCACACUCAGAACCUGCACAGAAAAGGAUUGUACUGUCCAGUGUGCUUCCUGCUCCCAUACUCUGUAUGCAUGUUCCUUCAGAGUACGACGGAGUACCUGUACUAUACGGCACUGUAUAGACUUUGCACUGAACCAUAGUAUCCCAGGUGAGGCCUGCCGGAGGUCGACCAGAGGGGGUCUACUUCGGACCUGCAGUGGAUCUAAGGUAGACCUGUAGUGGGUCUAUUUUGGUCUAAAGUGGGUUUACCUUGGACCAGCACUAGACAUGAGGUGGUUUCCUUGGGUCUUGUUGUUGACCUGCAGUGGCACUACACUGGGCCUGAAGCGGGUCUACUUUUGUCCUGAGUUGGAUCUACUUUGGACCCGCAGUGGACCUGAACUACACCUGAGGUGGGUCUGCUUCAGGCCUGCAGUGGAUCUGAAGUGGGUCUACUUUAGACCUGUUGUGGGUGCUUUGGGUCUACUUUGGGAAAACAGUAGGUCUACCGUGGAUCUUCACGAGACCAAAGGGAGGUCUACUUUGGGUCUGUUGUUGACCUACACUAGGCCUGCUUUGGAUCUUCUUUGCAUCUGAAGAGGGUUUACUUUGGACCUGAGUUGGGCCUACAGUGGACCUGCAUUAGACCUGAGGUGGGCCUACUUUGAUCCUGUUGUAGACCUGCAGUGACCCUGUACUGGUCCUGGUGUGGGUCAACAUAGGCUUGAAGUGAGCCUUCUUUUGUCCUGAGUUGGAUCUCCUUUGGACCCACAAUGGAUUUCCUUUGGACCCACGGUGGACCUCCUUUGGACCCGCGGUGGACCUCCUUUGGGGCCCGUUUUGGGCUCGAGCUGCAGGUUUCCUGACGGAGACGUAAAGACAGAGCUGCAUAUGCGAAUCUCUUUGCACUGAUGCAAUCCAACAGAUCAGAGGCUGCCUUUGGACUGUUGACGUUCCCCAGUUCCCACUCUGAAAGCUUUCAGCACCAUCGAGAACCAAAACCGAGCCACUUAACAACACAAACCCUCAGCUGCUUUCUGUUCCACAGACCAGGAUGAUAACCACUAACCUGAAUGUACCGCCGGACCUCCAAAGGUCCACAUGGACAGAACCAGAGAUUACCAAGAGACUACGGAACGUGUUGGGAAACGGAUUCGCUGCUGGCUCAUUUACACACACACACAACAAAAACAACACGCAUACAACAACACACACAACACUGUCUGCACAAAAAUCUGUUCUUAUACAACUAAACUGCUUCCUCAAUGAGGGAACCGUAGAUUCUCAUGGAGAACAUUACUUUGUGGUGAGAAGUUCCAAAGUGUGACAUAACAAAGGUGGAACAUUAACCCUGCAAUGUUUUGAGGAUGUUUAGAAGAUGUUCUAGAGGCAACACCUUAUAGAAAGUUCUUCUAUAAGACAGGAAGGACGACUAUUCUCAAACCAACAUUCAAAAAAUGUUUUCUGAAUGUUACUGAAACCCCAGAUAGCAAAAUGUUUUGACAUAACGUUCCUGUAAUGUGAUAUUAAAAGUAAAACAUUUGGCUUUUUGUUAAGGGAACACAUUAUAGAAGACCCUUCUAUAAAACAUUUCCACAAUGCUAAGAAAGGAAGAAUGUUCUUAAUGCAACAUUUGGAAAUGUCUCCAUUAUGUUAUCAAGGCCUACGAUGACUAAACGUUCACUAUAAGAUGUUCCUGUAACAUGACGUAAUAAAAAACGGUGGAACAUUUGGCUUUUUUGUUCAGGGAAUACAUCUUAGAACGUCCUUCUAUAAAGUGUUUCCACAAUAGUAGCAUAGUAAAGAUGUUCUGAAGGCAACAUUUGUAAAACAUUUGGAUGUUAUUGAGACUUCUGAAGACUGAACGUUCUCUAUAACAUGUUCCUAUAAUGUGACGUAAUAACAAAUGGUGAAAAGUUCUGAGGCUGUUGUUGGGAUGUUGUUGAGGGAACACAUUGUAGAAUCUAUAAAUGUUCCACAAUGUUCUAUAAAGCAAGAACUUCUUAAACUAACAUUCGGAGAAUGUUUUCCAGAUGUUACUGAGAGCUCAGAUGACAGAAUGUUCCUCUACAAGACAUUCCUGCAAUGUUACAUAUUAACCAAGGUAGAACAUUCUGACUGCAACGUUCUAAGGAUCUUUUGUUGAUGACAUCUAUAAAACAUUCCUGCAAUGUUCCAUGAUAACACAGUAAGAAGGUUCUCCAUGUAACGUUCAGUUUCGAGAACUUUAGGAGCAUAGCAGUCCAACGAUGUUCUCACUAAACAUUUUUAGAACGUCUUCCCUGCCUUCGAGAAGAGCAAUCUGGGAACUAUUAGAAAACUUCCUGCUCAAAAUUUUGGUGGAACUUGCAGAACAUUCGCAGAACAGAUAGGUCUUGUGUCAUAUUUUACCCAAAUGUUGAUGUUCUCCUGAACAUCUCAUAGUUUUGGUUCCUGAACUGAACCAAACAUUUGUUCCACAAGAACCUGAAGGUCUUAAUUCCUCCAUCUGUGUCACAGUUUUAUCUUUUGAGGAGAAAAUAAUUAGAAAAGCAGUUUGGUUGUAUAAGAAAGUCAUUGAUUUCCACACUAAUAUCUAAAUUGUAACCAGCAAUAGGCAGCAGCCGAGCAGCUCCAGGCUGCUGUCGGCUGCUGUUAGAUGUAAAUAUCUGAUUCUAAAGUCGCCUCCACUCAGUCACGGCUCUUUAUUACCGUAUGAUUUCUUUAUUUUUCUACACCUUCAGUCCCGCUUUACUUUGGGAUCAAGCUCACAGUUUGGCCUGAAUCUCCUUAAAGACUAACGGAGGAAUGUUGGACGGAGCGACGGCUCGGAAACGGAGGCUGAUCGAUCAGCCAAUCAGGGAACGGGAGACUGAGGCGUGGAGCCGAUCGGUGUCUUCCUGCUCAGCGUUCUUACUGUGAAGAGAGCGAUGUCGUCGGAGGCUUCGUUUAGGAUAUCUGUCACUCUUGCAUGACUCACUACAAACACUGUUCCUGUCGGGGAGAAGCUUCUCCUCCCACUGAUGAUUGUGUGAGAAACUUUUCAAAACUACAAAGUUCCGGUUUAUUGACUUGAAUGAAUUUAUUUACUGAUUGCUUCUUUAUGCAAUGUUGGUGACAAUGUUUAUUUUUCUACUGACUUGUCGAAACCCCCUCCGGUAUAAGUUAGAAUAGGUGCCGCUGAGGUGAAGUCGACCCGUUCCGGAUGGUUUUGAGCUUCUCAGGUUUAAAGAUAUUUGGGCAGCUCUCGGUUAUAAACAUAGCCGUGACUUUAUUUCACUUCAGAGACUCAAAAACAAGCUCAGAGGGCUCAAAACCCGCCAGCAGAGCGUCUUUACCAGGCGGCACAUAUUAAUUUAUUUAUUGAACAAUUACUCGGUGGGGAGGACUGAUGCGACGGCGUGUACAGAGUCUCUAGUUUCAUGGAGGAACCGAAUCCUCGGAGCAGUUUUCUUUAUGAGUUUAAUGUGGAGGAAAGACUUUUAUGUCCGCUAAUGGAGAACCAUCACGGUUUAUUUGGGCUUGACUGUUUAGAAAAGACUGCUUCACUUAGAAGUCAUUCCAGAUAAAAAAAAAAAUCAACCAAAUCUGAACAAAACUCCUCAGAAUCAGCUGAUUUUAUGUCUAGAAAUCAUGUAGAGUUCUACCUUCAUGCUGUGAAUAUUUUAGAGAUCCAGGUCCUUGAAGUCCAUAGAGGUGGCUCCACAUUUAUCACUUUUUCCACCAUUUCUGAUCCUCAGAACUUCAUCAGUUCAGCAGAUAGACACAUGGCAUUUAGGAGGAAAAACCAGGCGUAAACUAACCGUGACGUCACCCGUUGGUUUGAACGCCGAGAAAAUGAAGUCAGGAUUUUGCUACUUCCUGGUCGCCGUUUUGGAUUUUUUGGAGCCAGUGACGUAAAAAGCGUCAUCAAACAGGCUGGAUUGGAGAGCAACUAGGGGCAGGAUUGGCUGAGGACUCUCUUAUCCCGCCCACAUUUUACCGCAGAGGCUUCUGUUGCUGUCUAUCAAGUAUAGCCACGCCCCCUGGCUCCGCCAACUUUAACGAUUUAUUUAAAAUUCAGUAUUGAUUUAUUUUAAGAUCGGCCACCUGAUCUCUCAUUUUGACCAUGAAAACUAACGGGAAAAAAAUCCUGAGCUGUAGAACAUCAGUCUAUCAAAUUUUAUUUUUUCCAAAAAUGAAUUGGGGUCUAUGGAGAAAAAGCUUUUUGGAGCCAACCCUAGCGGACGGCGGGAUAUUGCAAGUUUUUGACACUUCCGGGUUGGCUUCAAUUCUGGAGCCAGAUGCUACGUCCACUAUAUAUACAGUCAGUGGGAAAAACAUGCUGGAGUUCUGGUUAAAACUGACAGCAGAUCAGCACAAAAUGACGCACAACCUCCACAAAAACAGGGGAAAUUACCACAAAGACCAAAACUUGUCACAAAAUAUGCGAAAAUGCCACAAAAAGACAUUAACUCACCAAAAGAAGGCACGUAAUCAUUAGAAAAAGGGGCGAAAUUUGACCAAAAGGAGACAAUAUAUGUCCAUAAUGUCAAAAACCUGUUUAAGAUCACUCAAAGAUUGUCCAAAAUGACUUGAAAAUUGUCCAAAAUAGCAAUAACCUUUACCAGAACCCCAACAUGUUUUUCCUCCUAAAUGCCCUGUGUCUGUCUGCUGUACUGAUGAAGUUCUGAGGUUCAGAUAUGGUGAAAAAUGUCCAUUAAAAAGUGAGAAAUCUGGACCCACCUCUAUGGACUUCAAGGAUCUGGAAUGUUCUAAAUGCGACUAAACUUAAAAGACUGGAAGCAACAAAGGAGAAGGUCCCCUGUAGAAAGUUCUAGAGUUUAUCUACCAACAACUACUCUAGAACUUUCUACAGGGGACGUUCUCCUCUAUGGACUUGAAAGACCUGCAACUCUGGAGAUAUCCCCAGUACGAAGGUAGAACUUUGAUCAUUAAUUAAUUGGAGAUAACCAGGUGGUUUUGAGGAGGUUCUGGUUGUUUUGUCACGGAUGGAAUGACUCUUCGGGUUCUUGAACUGCUCUUUUUUUUUGUCGAUUAAAGUUUAAGUGAAUGAAUAAACGAAUAAGAAGAAGCCAAAUACAUUUCCGUGGACGUUGAGGUUUACCGAUCUUUGUUAAACCAGCCGAGUUGGUCUUUUUGUAUGAUCCUACUGCCAUCUUCCAGAGUUCCGGUCUGCAGGCAUGAUGCUCCAAAUCUGCUUCUCCUCCCUCCGUCUGUCUCCUCGUAUCGUCCUGUAUGCGUCCGUCCGUCUGUCUAACUGUAAGUCGUCUGCUGUCUCGUUGGAAGAAUCACUGCCUGGAAAAAAAAUAAACAAAUCUCAGUCAAAUCUAAAAGGGUGGAUUUGGAGCAAUCCGUUUAAUUUGCUGUACAAACCGCUGUGUGGCUUCUGUAAAAGUCUGCAUCAGAUUGGGUUUCUCUGGCCAAACACCGAACACUCACCUAUGCAUGCUAGUCGGACGGUUGUCACGGGAUGGUUCUUCCACGUGGUUCCCACUUCUUCUCUCUUCUGUUUCUACCCGUCCCCUCUUUCUCCUGCACGACAGAACCUCCUCCACUCUCGGCUCCUCUGCCUCCUUUCUUUUCCUCUGGUGGAGAAAGAGCAAAUAAAACGAACCAACAAACAGCA